AGGGAUUAAAAUUAAACACCUUACCGAGCGAGACGAGACUGCCGUAGUGCCGUGCCGAUCUCUCGUCGGCGGCGAUGUCGUUUCUGGUGGAUUGGUUCUACGACAUGUUUGUCUCUCUGGGCCUCUGGCAGAAGGAGGCCAAAAUCCUCUUCCUCGGCCUCGACAACGCCGGCAAGACCACGCUGCUCCACAUGCUCAAGGACGAGCGGUUGAGUCAGCACGCGCCGACGCAGCAGCCGACGUCGGAGGAGCUGAGCAUCGGGCGGAUCAGGUUCAAGGCGUUCGACCUCGGCGGCCACCGGAUCGCGCGCCGUGUCUGGAAGGACUACUACGCCAAGGUUUGCCUGCCGGAUACUACACGUCGAAAGCAAGCACUCGCGAUCACGUACCAGCCAGCCAUCACUCAUCACAUUUCACAUGGGCGCCUGCAGGUUGACGCGGUGGUGUACAUGGUGGACGCCGCCGACGGCACCCGAUUCGGCGAGUCGAAGGCGGAGCUAGGCGCGCUGCUUUCGGACGACGCGCUGGCGGGCGUGCCGUUCCUCGUGCUGGGGAACAAGAUUGACAUCCCGCAGGCGGCACCUGAGCACGCGCUUGCCUACUACCUCGGGCUCGCCGGCUGCACCACCGGCAAGGGCACCGUCGACCUCGCCGGCACCGGCGUGCGGCCCGUCGAGGUCUUCAUGUGCAGCGUCGUCCGUAAGAUGGGCUACGGCGAAGGGUUCAGGUGGAUGUCGCAGUACAUCAAGUAGGCUUGUCCGGUCCGGUACCGUACGGUAGCCCCCUGAGUUCCUGCCUGACAUCUCUCUUUGCGCUUUCUGGUGUCACCAAAUCAACGACUAGAUACUGUAUAUGUCGAGUUCAUAUACACGCACCUAUAUUUUUAUUUCU